UGGGCGGGCGCGGGGCGCACCGGAGCCAGCGGAGCGCAGCGGAGCGGCCACCGCCGCCGCCACCCCCGAGCCCCCCCCCGCCGCCGCCGCCCUGCUCCCCCCCGCCGGCACCAUUCCCACCCCCGGGCGACAACGCGCCCCGGCCGGGCGGCGGCUCAGCCUGGGCCGGAAAACUUUGCUGGCGGCCGCGGCGGGGGUGGUGAUGGUGCUGGUGCUGGUGGUGCUCAUCCCGGUGCUGGUGAGCUCCGCCGGUACCGACGGCCGGUACGAGAUGCUGGGGACCUGCCGUAUGGUCUGCGAGCCCUAUGGCCCCGCCGCCGCCGCCCCCCCUCCGCAACCGGCCGAACGCGGCCCCCUCCCGCCGCCCUCCACCCUGGUGCAAGGUCCCCAAGGCAAACCGGGGCGACCAGGGAAACCGGGACCCCCGGGACCCCCGGGAGAGCCGGGACCCCCGGGACCGGCGGGGGCGCGGGGUGAAGUGGGACGACCGGGACCCCCGGGAUUACCGGGACCGGGGGCUACGGGUGCGGUGAGCGCGGCUACCUACAGCACGGUGCCGCGCGUCGCCUUCUACGCUGGCCUCAAGAACCCCCACGAGGGCUACGAGGUCCUCAAGUUCGACGACGUGGUCACCAACCUGGGCAACAGCUACGACGCCGCCUCGGGCAAGUUCACCUGCGCCAUCCCCGGCACCUACUUCUUCACCUACCACGUCCUCAUGCGCGGCGGCGACGGCACCAGCAUGUGGGCCGACCUCUGCAAGAACGGUCAGGUGCGGGCCAGCGCCAUCGCGCAGGACGCCGACCAGAACUACGACUACGCCAGCAACAGCGUCAUCCUGCACCUGGACGCGGGGGACGAGGUCUUCAUCAAGCUGGAUGGGGGCAAAGCCCAUGGCGGCAACAACAACAAGUACAGCACCUUCUCUGGCUUCAUCAUCUACUCGGACUGAGUCUGGACCCACAGCAUCGCCCCACGGCCCUCCAGCCCCACGGCAUCCCCCUGCUGCCAUCCAGCCCCACGGCAUCCUCUGAUGGCAUCCCCCAAUGACCGUCCAGCCCCAUGGCAUCCCUCUGCCAUGGUUCGGCCCCACAGCAUCCCCUCGCAGCCGUCCAGCCCCACAGCAUCCCCCCACUGCUGUCCAGCCCUAUAGCCUCCCCUUGCUACUCUCCAGCCCCACAGCAUCCCACUGCCAUGGUCCAGCCCCACAGCAUCCCCUCACAGUGAUCCAGGCCACCUACGGUGCCCCAAACCCCCCCUUUUCCCAUUAGCUCACCCCACAACUGCUAAUUGAGGGCUGGGGGGGCCACAGGAGGCUGGGGGCCAGCAAGAGGCUGAGGGAUCCCCCUGUGCUGCCCCACUGCACCCCCAUCCCCUGGCUGCGCACCCCGCUUGGUCCCGUGGCACCCUGCUCCCUGCUGCCUCCCCACACCCGGGGUGAUGCUGGGGGCCGGGGGGUCCCCGCCAGCAUGUAUAUAUGUACAGGACGCGCAGAUGUCUAUAUGGGUGCCCCCCUCCCGUCCGGCCCUGUGCUGGGGGGCUGCGCUGGGGUGGGGGGGGAGACACCUUGCUGCCCGACCCCGGGGCGACUCCAUGGUAAAGCAGAGCUGUGACCUC